AUGUCUACGGUUCGCUACUGUGUCAUCGAUGUUUUCUCUUCAACUGCCUAUCAAGGAAACCCUCUUGCAGUGGUAGACACCACAUCCUCAUCUCUCACCGAUACUCAGAUGAGACUGAUAGCAAGACAAUUUAAUCUAUCCGAAACAACCUUCAUCUAUCCACCAACAGACCCCAAAGCCACCUGGCGACUGCGAUCAUUUCUCCCCAAUGGAGAAGAAGUCUUUGGGGCAGGUCAUAAUUCGCUCGGUGCUUGGUGGUGGAUUGCACAUUCGGGGCUCUUAGGAAGCAUUUUUGAUGGGUCUCAAGGUGGAAACACCUAUUAUCAACAACUUGGUAGCGAUAUUCUCUCCGUUGAGGUAUCAGGAUCAAAUGCAGAAGAUCUUGUCAUUUCAAUGCGCCAGGGGAACCCGCAGUUCAUGAGCAAACAUACCAAUCUCGAUUCCCUUGCUGGAUCUAUUGGACUCAAUGCUUCUGACAUCGGAUUAAAUAUAUCAGGAGUCGAACUUGAUCAACCAAUGGUGGUCACCACCUCGCCUGCCCGACAUCUUCUAGUUCCCGUCCGUACUCAGGAAGUCCUCCGAAAAGUCAAAUUUGCCGACAAGGAAGUUAUUUCAAAAGAGCUUGCCAGCACAGAAAGCCACAAUAGUGGUAUUUAUGUUUUCACUUCUGCUGGUCAUGACUCGCCAUCACAGAUCCCCAGAUUCGAGGCCCGAUUCUUCAGCCCCGGAAUGUCGAUGGAAGACCCAGCUACAGGGUCAGCUGCUGGGCCUCUGGCUGCGUAUAUGUGGGCUAAUCAUGCAGUUGGGUCAGCGGAGAACGGAACAUACAAUAUUGAAGUUAUUCAGGGCGUGCAGACUGGAAGGAAAUGUUUGAUGAAGCUGAGCAUUGAGCCGAACGAAGAAGGCUCAGCUAGCAUCAUGAUAUCUGGAACGGGCGUCCUCGUUGCUGAUGGGAAUAUUAUCGUUCCAAAUUCCGAUAUAUGUUUCUAG